AUGGAAGGGAUAAAACACAAGACGAUUAAUGUGAACGGAAUAAGCAUGCAUGUAGCAGAAAAAGGGGAGGGACCGGUGGUUCUAUUGCUCCAUGGUUUCCCUGAGUUUUGGUACACUUGGCGUCACCAAAUCACAGCACUUGCGGCCUCAGGAUACCGUGCUGUGGCACCGGACUUACGUGGGUAUGGAGAUACAGAAGCUCCGGCGAGCAUCACAAGUUACACAUGUCAUCAUGUGGUUGGGGAUCUGGUGGGUCUUAUAAAGUCUUUGGGAGAGGAAAAAGUGUUUCUUGUGGCACAUGACUGGGGAGCUUUAAUAGGAUGGUAUUUGUGUUUGUUUAGACCUGAUUUGAUCAAAGCUUUCAUUUCAAUUACUGUUCCAUUCAGACCUAGACUUCUUAAUAUUAAACCUGUUGCGGCCAUGCGUGCGUUCUUUGGAGAUGAUUAUUAUAUGUGCAGAUUUCAGGUACCAGGGGAGAUUGAAGGUGAGAUAGCUGAGUAUGGAACGCGUCAAGUACUAAAGAAGAUCCUAACAGAUCGUAUUCCAGGGCCCCCUCUCCUACCCAAGGGUAACCCUUUCGGCAUUUCAAGCGAUUUUCUUUCCUCCACAUUACCUUCUUGGCUUUCGGAGGAUGAUCUAAGUUUCUAUGCCGACAAGUAUGACCAGAAAGGCUUCACUGGAGGACUCAAUUACUACCGAGCUUUAGAUUUAAACUGGGAUCUUACGGCUGCAUGGGACGGAGCACAGGUGAAGGUGCCGGUGCAGUUCAUAGUUGGUGACCUAGACAUGAUUUACACUACUCCAGGAGUGAAGGAGUAUGUUCAUGGAGGAAGCUUCAAGAGGGAUGUGCCGUUACUUGAUCAAAUUAUUGUAGUGGAAGGAGCUGGCCACUUCAUUAAUCAAGAAAAACCAGAGGAAAUCAAUGCCCACAUCCUUCAUUUCAUUAACAAGUUUCAAGUGAACAACAUUGCUUAGGUUUUCUUCACU